ACGAAAAUACCUAAACAUCAUUUCUCUCCACACCGAAUGAACCCUAAUUCCAUACGCUGCUAUUAACUACACAAAGGGCCUCGUGCUUCUCACUCGCUGUGACCUAACGCCGCUUUCACCGGAGUCUCACCAAACGCCGCCUCCGCCGUAGUUGGUUCAUCGCGCCACCGUGCGGUUGCGUUCAUCUUAAGAAGUAAGAGAUUGGAGUGAUGAAGACGAAGAAGAAGGUAAAGGCUGUUGCGGAGGCUGAUGCUGGUCAAGAUUUGGAUUCUGCCAUUCAUGAGCAUGCCCUUUUCUUUGACAAAUUGAUUGAGCUCAUUCCGGCCAAGUUUUAUCUGCCGACUGAUGAGGACAAGCCGUGGGUUCAGGGUCUCAGCAAGGCUAAAAGAGCUGCGAUGAAGAAAGAAACUGUGGAGAAUAUUAAGAAGUCUCGAAAGGACCGUUUGGACCCGGAUAAACCUGCUGCAACCACACUUGAUCUUCUUAAGGAGAGGCUGGGAAAAGAAAAAGAAAGUGAUGGGGAGAAGGGUGUGGCUGGUCGGUCUGUCACCUAUGAAGAGCUUCGGGAAAGGCUUCAUCGCAAGCUUGAAGGGUUCCGAUCAGGUCGCAACAAUGAAAAUUCUGACAGGGCUAGGAAGAGGGAAGAGAGAAGUAUUAGGAGAGGAUAUGAUGGCAACAAACGCAAGAGGGAUAGUGAGGCUGAAGAAAGUAAGCCUGCACCUGAUGAGUUGGCGGAGAAAGUGAAGAAGGAUGCUGCCGAGGCUUCCAAGGAGCUUGUUUUUGGCCAGGUUAAACUUCAAAAUGAAGAAAUACUAGGGAAGAAGAAGAGAAAAGUUUCAAAGCACAAGGAACUUGAAAUGGCUAAGAAGUUGGAGGAAGUGAAGAAGAAUGAUCCUGAGAAGGGUGAAGCUUUGGCUAUAAAGGAAUCAUGGAAAGCAGCAAUGAAUAGAGCUUCAGGGAUUAAGGUUCAUGAUGAUCCCAAACUUAUACAGAAAAGCUUGAAGAAGGAGAAGAAGAAACAGGAGAAAAACGCAGAGAAAUGGAAGGAAAGAAUUCAAACAAGGGAACAGUUGAAGGCAGGCAAGCAGCAAAAAAGGUCAGAUAAUAUAGCUGAGAGGAUCCAGGAUAAGAAAAGGCGAAAAAUCGCAAAGAGAGAGAAAAAGUUGUUAAGGCCUGGAUUUGAAGGUCGCAAGGAAGGUUUUAUGAAUGCUGGCCCUGCCUAACCUGGCUUUGAAGUUUAUUGAAAUUUUCCUUUUUUUUGCAUUAUUAUUAUAUUCUUACAUAGAAUUGGAGUGUUCCAAGCGUUUAGUGAAUGCAAUUCAACAGCAACUAUUAAUCUUUAUAUGUAUUGUUUAGAUUUCUUAGAACUUUUAAAAACAUCAUGUUAUAUUUUGGCAAUUCUGCAUCCCUUUUUCUAUGAGCAUUUUGUUGAGCAAUUAUUAA